GAGUCUUGCAUAUUACCCGCUGCCUUGAUGCGUCUGUGUCGACUCGGGACCGGUCUGCCCAUCGUCGAGAAGCAUCAUCCUGUUCGCCGGAGCGCAGCGACUCUUGCGUAACUUCAGGGGAAGCGGUGGACUUAGUAGAAGGAGCUGAAAAACCGACAAGUGGAGACGAAGACGAGGACAUCGACACGGUUCCCUUGCUUGCAGUUGCAUUCUCUCCAGUCGUUUCAAGAAAACAUUGUUUGGAAGAGGACUCGUUAGAAGGGUUUUGCACGGCGACAAAGGGCGUAAGGACGUCUAGGUCAAGCGCAAGAAUCUCUACUACCCUCCUUGCAAGAACUAGCACCACAACUGGUAUAAUUGCGGCUGCGACACCGCGCCACGUCGCACAAAGGUCGUGGCACGAUCAAAGCCCGUGCUCGACUCCAGUCCAGCUCUGUCGCGUGAGGAGCACCGAGCAGUCCGAUUCCCUAGUCACACACAGCGCUAGUUUGCGGCGACGGCGACGAAGAAGAAGCCAAAUGGCGAAGGGCGGAGAGUACAUUAGGACCUGCGCAAGUAGAGCUCUAAACACGACCGGUAGCAAUGUUGGCUGUGCUACAGAUGCAACCGUGGCAAGCCACGUUGCAGACACUAAGAGUGUGGACGGUGGAAACGAUAUUCCAGUUACAAGAACGACUGCAGCCGAGACAAGCGGCGUUGCUACUCUAGUCCACCUUUAUUCGCCGGUAGUCGUAGAGAAGGAUUGUGCGUGCGCAUUUGAUGCUCGGAGGAACAGCAGAUCUACAUCUUGUACCAGCGAUGCGGAUGCGGCUGGGGCAUCAACCGACGAAAAUAUCCGACAGUAUCAACAUCAUAGUAGUACACGCAGUCCUGCGCUAGACAGGGAAGAUGCGGAGCUUGAGAGAAAACUACGCGCGCGAGACGACGCGUCGACGCGCAUCAGUGUAAUCCAAGCGGAAAAUGAUAAUGCCGGUCCGAAUGUCGGCUCCUUUGGUUCCUCCAGUGCUCGGGCUUUGCUUAGCGGUGAGGACAUGACCACUAGAAUCAAUUUCACACCCGCUGGUAACCUUUCACGGCAUAGCCAGGGCGGAAUUAGUAGAGCACUUGAAGAUUGCGGAGGGAACGGCUCCCCGCCACUGGCUACAACCACGUCGCCAGGUGGGAGAUCGCCGGAGUCACCGCCUGGCGCUACAGCGACCGCAGCCUCCUCAGCGGCCGAUCACGUUGAAGAUGCAUGCGCGGCUGGAGUCUCCAGCGGUGGCAUUGUGCGGCGAAAAAGCGGGCAGAGCAAUCAGAGCAGCAAUUAUUAUGACCUUCGCAGAGUCAUUGUCACGACAUGUUGAUUAAUUUUGAAACUCUAGAAGGUUGAUAGAUAAUGAAUAAUUCUUGCCAGUAGCAGUAGCCUCUAUUCUCAUCGAAAUAGUUCUUCUUUCGGGAUUCGUUUGAGAGCCUCUAAUUCUGUGCUGUGCCCCUCAUUAGCGAAUCUGGCUCGCCUCGUCGCUGUCGUGAUGCCAGUUUCGAAAGCUGCGCAGUCGACCCCCGCAGCAGGGACCUCGAACGCAAGCCCCUGAUCGCAGGGGGAAUAACAUCACCCACGCACGGUAUUAAGGAGGCACAGGGAACCGCGUAUGUCUCAAAGUCAGUCAGUACCUCUAAAGUCCCACAUGGGAUGUAUCUGAAAGGCACCAGGCGCGACUAUAACGCGCUGCAGGUCUCACCUUCGUCUCUGUCAUUCGGGGAGGAUCAGUGGGACGAAGCAGGUGAAGAUAGAUUCGUUUCGACAACAGCGUCGGUCCCCCGAGGCUCACCUGGACGCGGCUUGUUUGCGAAGCGCAUACUGACGAAACUUCGCACCUUUUUAGUGCAUCACGAACUAGUCUUAGAUCGGACUAGUGUAUCACAGCCUAUCACAAGUACUGAAGAUAAUAGCGGGAGCAAAUUUGCUGGUUGUCCUGCGAGAACAAGUAGAGACGAUCGUGACAACUAUUCAAACAAGACACGACUUCCGCAUAACAACAGCAGUUCGUCCUCUUCAUUGUCUCGAACAUGGUUGUCAACUACAAUUAGCGCGGUCAUAGAUGGGGAUGGACCUAAUUUGGUGAUGUCUUCAGGUGGCGAUACGAAGACGAACUCUGUGCGCGAUUCUACAGCUUUAUCUGCAACCAAUGGAGUGCCAGUUUCAUCUUCUUCCGCAAGCGGUUCUACGAACCCAGGUUUUUCCAUGUUUUCCGCUCCAGCGCAGUCGUCCCCAUCGGGUGGAGAGCGCUUUUUGAAUGAGCAGCCUCGUGCAGGCGGGUUGAUGAUACCAGGAAGUGGUGGCGCAGGAGGCGUAGGAAAUAACCCACCUCAGCUCCACACAAAACGGACACCUGUCGCUAUGUUGCGUCAAAUGCUAGGUCCGAUGCUAACAAGGCAAUUGCUUUUCUCGAUCGCGUUCGGAAUGAUGUGUGCGUGGUUCAAUUGCAUUAUGCAAGUGUUGCUCGACCAUCAGUACGUAUACGGGAAAGUCCACAUCUGGCCGUCUGAGAUAGAAAUCGAACGACUGGAGCGUGCGAAAGAGAGGCUUCGGAACAAGGACCCUGCGGAACUGAGGCCUGCAUCGAUCCUCACGACUGUCCACCCGCCUCUUGCUGGAGGCUGGAAGACUGCUACAGGCAGCAGUUUCGCACAGCAAGCAAGCGGGAAACUAGAUUCUCCGGCACCAUCUCUACAAGGCCUGUCGGCGGCGUCAGAAGCGGUUUGGGAGACAAGACCUUCAAGCGCCACCGGACCAGGUUUGCCAGGUGCCGACUCCUUAGUAUCAAAGCCUCUGCACGACCACGAGCAAAAUGCACAGCCUGCCAGAGUUACUGCUCCUACUAAGGACAAAAUGGGAAUGUCGUCCACACGGGUAUCAACAUAUCCAGAGAGCAAAACAGCACCUCCUGACGAUAGGAUAAUCCAUAAUCAGGCUGAAUUUGAACGCCGUGUCGCAGAGCAUGUGUUGCCAAACGACAUUUUCUUUGAGACCUUACCCGACUUGCGCUACGAAACUGAUGGCAUUCUUGCCGACUACGCCUAUCUUUUCAAUUCUGAUGCUCUUCUAGCUAUGGCCAUGCAGGUACUUAUACCAUAUAGAUACGUGUAUUGAUUAAUGAUUCUCGUACUUUGAUACUUGCCAAGUCUGAUUUCGGCUCGUGCAUUUUUAAGAAUUCAUGACGCUUUGGAAUUGGCAUUGAUAGUUGGUUCAACACUUUGACACAGCUCUCUGCCUUGGUUUUCCUGCUUUGUCAUCCCAAGCGCGGGCGUCUGCUGCCGCGCUUUUUGGUUUGUCAAGGAGCAGUGUUUUUUCUGCGCGGUAUCAGUAUCAUCGUUACCCCCCUGCCGCCACCGGACGGUAGCUGCUUAAUCGGGGAUCCUGCAAUCGACGAAAACUACAUUUGGGAAGGAUUCAAGGUACUUAUGCUUGUUUCGCAAAAGAUUAGGCCCAGCAAUUGACUCACGAAGUCAGAAAAAUAAUUUUCUGUUGUUCAACUAAGAGCAAGCAAGUUCCAGCUACACGUACUACAUUUAUACUGCAACAGGCCGUUUGGAGACAACGCGUGACGUGUUGCGAUGUGCUAUUUAGCGGGCACACCACGAAUUUUACCUUGCUGUUCUUACUUUGGUGGGACAAUUUCGACGAGAACGUAUGUUCCUUAGCGAUACUACGCUUUUUCGUGCGACGUGCGGUCUUGCUGUACAUGCUUUUUGGCUAUUUCUCGAUGUUGGUGCGGCGGUUUCACUAUACGGUUGACCUGUUUUUGGGUGCUGCGAUCUCCUUUCUCACUUGGCGGUUCUACCACAGCCAGGUGGCACUGUAUCGUGUAUGGGAGCGUCUGUCCCACGUCGAGGCGCUGAGACAGAGAUCGGGAUGGGGCGCUAAGUUGUCCGCCUCGGCGCGACAAGUUGAGGGAACGAAAGAUGUUGCUCAUAUGGCUUUUUUCGGAGCUGAUACAAGUUGCCACCAAAGCGGCCUGAUAGCCGAUGACGAGUCCGCGUCUAGUAGUACUAGUUCCUGCGUCGGAUUGACAGCUGGAGGUGGGGGCGACCGAGCGCCUUCACCAAGCGAAGUGCGCGUCAAUUUGAGUAGAACCUCGGAAUAUUUGCAGCAGGCGGAAGAAAACCAACAAAACGCUUCACCUGUGGGGACAUCUUCAACCCCCACGGAGGGGGGACAGCACGAGAGCGAUCUGCUGGUUAUCAAUGCCGAAGGGGGAGGAGGCCGUGAUCACACACCCGCACCUGCUCCUCAUCAGAGUGGAGUCCUUUACGACGAGAUAAACCUCAACAACGAAAUAUUGACCGACGAUCGUGCCGGUGUGGACCAUCUCAACCACAGCCAGCAUCACGUCGGCCAGAUAGUGCCCCAAGACGGCCGCGACGUGCGGGAAGCCUUUCAGCACUCAGGGGUUAAGAACGCUAGCAACUGCAGACGUUCUCCUAACGACUCCCUGUACCCGAUGGAGCUUACCUACGUGGUCGACGAGCCUUGUCAACUACCAAGCGUCUCUGGUACGUCGCCGACUCUUCUGGGCUAUAAUACUUCCUCUAGUAUCUUCAACAGAGGCCGCGCCUCGUCUUUCGGCGGCGCUGAUGCUUUUCUGCUGCAACAAGUCGACCUCUAUGACUUUGGUCGCCAUUUGUCAGGGACCGGUACGCCGAUCUCCUUUUCGGACGAACCAGCAGACUUACGUUCUUUUGAUCCCGUCGCACGUUUUCAGAACCUAGCGCACAAUCUUUUCAUCUGGUUCGAGUUUGCACCCCGUGAGCCGUUUUUUGGGCUUCGUCGAGGAAAAUACAAUCCGUUCUCGGCUCGUUCUAAAGAAACUGUGGCAGCGGGUGCUAAUGGCGACGAAAGUGGAAACGACGGGUCGAGUGGACUAUUCGUGCCUUCGUGACGAGGCUAGAACCCCUCACCAGGUUUUGAAUGUAAGUAUCUUUUUGUUCUCUCGUUUUUUUCGGCUUCGCAUACAUCCAUGAGGAAAUAACUUUCGUGUGUACCUAUGAAACAACAUGGACGUUCCAGGGCUCAAGGCUGAAGGCCCCCCCGAUCUAACUUUUUGAGGGGGGGCCUCCAGCCCCGGGCCCUUUUUGUCCCGGGACUGCCGGGCGGGAAAGCCUCCAAGCGCCCACCGACCCCUUCCCGCUUCUUGCGUGGACCCUACAGAGCCCCCACCCAUAAGGCCGUGGAAACACCGAAGGCCGGGAGUGGGAGGCUUCUGAAGGUGGCAAAGGUGGCAAGGCUGGACCCCCUUGCCGUGUUGCGUGUACGCUACAGACCUGGCAAAGGUGGCAAGGCUGGACCCCCUUGCCGUGUUGCCUGUGCCCUACAGACCUGGCAAAGGUGGCAAGGCUGGACCCCCUUGCCGUGUUGCAUGUACCCGACGGACCUGGCAAAAGCCCUCGCGUGUGCGGGCUCCUCACUGGGGGAGCCUCUUGGGGGGAUGAGCGCCAAAGGGGCCAGGCCACGCGACCCCCCCAAGAAGCUCGGCGGCCUUCUUCCCCCGGAGGCUUUCCCUCUGAUAGUGUCCAAGAGUCGGGCUGCCUGUGGGGUACACGCGGAGAGCCGCCAGGGGACUCCGGCGCCGCCUUUUGAGGCCUUCGCCCCCGGGGGACCUUACAACAUGUCACCACAGCGGAAAAAAGGGCGCGCGGACGCCACCGCCGCUCCAUCCACCGGGGAGGGCCUCCCUCCCUGGUAUAUGUAUAGCCACUAUACUUAAUCCGUUUUAGUAAAUACUUAUGUAUCACUAUCAGGAUCACGUAUUCAAUGUUUAUCUUUAUGUUUUUAGUGACAUAUUUCGGUUAUUGAUAUACCUAUCUAGAAUUGCUCGCAUAUUUAAUAAGAGGUGAAAUAAAAUACAACGAACAUGACAACUUGUUUUCUACUUGAUUGGAGCUGUACGGACAUAGUCGGCAUACUGUAUUCCAAAAAUUAGAUAGUACAACACAAUAGUUGUAAACUUGAUAUUUUCUGAUGACAUGCUCAUCGUGAUUGUCAGUCCGCCAGUUCUUUUGGGAGGGCAGUCAUUCUUGCCAUUGCGUCAAGGUGGCUCUGCAUUUUUGGAAUUGAGUUUUGUGACCUGGAACCCAUGAUUGAAUCAGUAUUGGGAGGUGAGCGCACCGUACACAUGGCAGGCUCCGACUAUUCGAUUGCAAUCUUCUUGAGUAGAUCGUCUAGUUGAACAUGGAUUCUACAUCGUUGAGUAACUGAAUGAAUGAGGACGACACUGAAGACCAGGAACUACCUGCAUCGCAUAUGAAUUCGUUAAGGCGCGACCAAUGUGCUUUCACCGCUAAGCACAUAGAGCUACCUUUGGCUCUAUGGUGCCUUCAUCCUUAAUAAUAUAACCUGAAUAUGACGACGACUUCUAUCUUUUAUUCAACUUAUUUCAAUCAACGAACUGAAUUCUUCUAUAUCUUCCAAUUGAUUCCAUGAGGACGACGAAGACGACCUGAGUUCCAGUGCGUCGUAAAAGCUCCACAAAAACUUGUAACAUCGUCAUUCCAACUAUUUUUUUACAAGCAGGGAUGGAUCGCGGGUGUCGAUGAAAGAAGGAUGGCCAAAACGUUGGUAACCAUAGAUGCGAAGGGACGUGCCUCAACAGAUGGCAAGACCAUCUUGGUGCAGCGUUCAGACUCGGAAUUCUGUAUGAAUUUAAUAAUGCACCUCUGUAAUUCUAAUUCUAGAGGGAUGACACGACCUGUAGUUGUGCUAGUAUUGUCACUGAGAGACGAAGUAUACAUAGGAUGUUGUAGCUCAGAUCCCAUAUUCAUGAUAUUGCACUGGGACGAAGGAGACAUCGACGAUGGACCACAAGAUCGCGCACUUCAUCUCUGUUUUUAAUCGACCUAUGAUCGAAGAUGUACAUCAGCUUUAUGAUCUUGGACACGAACCCAAUGGCAAUGAAGAUUGAAGCAACAAAAAUGCGACAGCUAUUUUUAGGAGCAAGAAUGAUUAAGC